CACCUCACGUAUGGAUUCCGCCCUUUAGCCCCCCUUUUCAUCUCCUUAAUCUCCCUCAAUUCGUAACUGAAGCAAAAAUCAAGGUAGGGCGGCCGCCCUACCUUGUCCUACCGGGUCCCCCGCCCGUGUCUCUAAAGAAUUACAAGAAAAUAAAAGUAACACAGAGGAUAAAGAUUGAAAGCAUCGCCUUGCCUUCUUGAUUCAGAUCUUUCUGGAUAAGCAAGCAAGGGGUGGAUAUAUUGAUAUUGGUUGUCGUGAUAUGCUAAUGCAUGAAACAAACAAGAGAAAGAAUUGCGUAGAUGGGAGAUCAGAACCCGUGUUGGCGCAUAACUAAUUUAAGGCUUGUGCAUCAUUUGAAUGCUUAUGCGUGAUAUUAUUGUCUAAUGAUUUGAUGCGACAAGAGGUUAUGUGGAUGAAACCAUGAGACUUGCUCCAGUCAUAAAAGAAUUAUUGCAUCCUGUAAUUAAUGCAGUUGAAUCUCAAAAGGACACUUGUUUUGACCAAAAUAUAAUUUUGAGGAUUGAGAUUACAUGCAUGAAAGUGAAAUUGACACAAGUCAGAUAUAAGUACUUUCAAAUAUCAUAACUUCAUUUUCUUGAACUUCCUAUUAUGUAAAAACUGCAGAAAAGUUAGUGGAUGAAUCUAAGUCUUCUUGACUUUAAAAUGUAUAAAAACAUUCUUUUAUUUACCACAGGUUAUAUACAAGACAGUGGAACUAAAAUGAUAAGUAAAGGAAUAAUUGAACUCAAUGCAAAUGUAUCUUGAUGUUGAAAGUAGUUAUGAGAAUCAGCAUCGUGAUACAUCAGUUCAGAAGCCCAAAUCUUUAGCUGGAGCAUUUAUGGUUUAUCAGUGUUAUGCCAAUCCAUUUCUAUCUGCUGUCUCUUCUUUCAGCCAGUUCCAAGUUGCCUGCAGAAAUGAGAGCUCUGGAUGCUUCACUGAAAAACAUAGUUGAACCUUCCCUUGAUCACAUAUGCUGAAAUUUAAACUCUUCGCCAAGGAUGAUUGUGCAUGAAAUACCCAGUGUCCGUUGCCAAGCACCAACAAUGCAUGUUUUUAUGCCCCCCCCCCCCCCCUAUCUAGAUAACUCAAUUUUCUAAAUUGUCGCCAUCACUAUAUCAUAUGUACUGCCAUGUCUUCAGUGUUGAAUUGGUUAGUGCAAUCUAUGUUGGUAAAACAGAUACUGCAGUAUGGCGGCCAGACGCAAUGUUCCUUAUUCUGUUCUUCCUACGGAGGACAGGGAUGAAGACAAUGUUGACCGUCGGUUCACAUACACUCCAAAAUCCUUGCGGAAGAUCCCAUGGAAGUCAAUUGUCCUAGCAUUGUUCCUCCUCUUCCUGGGAAGCUCUCUUCUGUUCCUUUCAUAUUUUAUAUCCACAGGUCACAUGGAAGGUGAUAGCUCUCAGAUGUAUGGUCUCUUGUUCCUGGGUAUCCUUGCCUUUCUUCCUGGAUUCUAUGAGACUCGAGUUGCUUAUUAUUCAUGGAGAGGAGCACCGGGGUACACCUUUGCGUCCAUUCCAGACUAUUAGUUUUCAAAUUUUAAGUUCUUAACUCGUUGGGUGUGAAGCUAAGAUACUGAACGAUGACAAAAACAUGACACUUCGUUCAAGAUUAAACAAGCACUUAAUGUCAGUACUUUAAACAGUUAAAAUGCAGAUCAAGUCACCUUGUGCUGAUUGCUGUGUCAACAUACUGGUGUUUCCAUUAGAAAUAUGCCCUAGAGGCAGAUAGAGACCAUGUUUCGUUGUAUACAUGAUUUAUUAGUUGUUCCUUCAGUAAUACACAUUUGUAUUGAUCAACAUGUGAUUUGUUUGUGAGACUCAAUUCUUAAGUAGUCUGAAUUAAUGAAUAUUAGAUGAGCA